GACUCAUUGAAACAGAACUGAUAUAUAUACUCUUUUCACCAGCUACCAUUGAGAACAGGAUAAAGAAGACAACGUUCAAAAUGGCUGCUUCUACAAUUCACAGGGUUUCCAUCUUGAAGAAGGAAAUCAUCCACCUUGGCUACGAUAUCAAAGAUCACAUCAUAAACACUAUUGUCGAUACCAAACCUUCUUCGACCUAUGCUAUUAUCACCGAUACUAAUAUCAAGAAAUAUGGCCAUUUGGACGAGUAUUCAGAUGGAUUUUUGCAGGUUUUGGCUGCUAAAAGACCUGAAUCCAGAUUGCUAACUUAUGUGGUGUCUCCGGGCGAAGCCAACAAAAAUAGACAGACAAAAGCUGCAAUCGAAGAUUUUUUACUAGAAAAUGGUUGCACUAGAGAUACUUUGAUUAUUGCAAUUGGUGGUGGUGUCAUUGGUGACAUGAUUGGUUUCGUUGCUGCCACUUUUAUGAGAGGUGUAAGGGUUAUUCAAAUUCCAACCACGUUAUUGGCAAUGGUUGAUUCUUCUGUUGGUGGUAAAACUGCCAUCGACACACCACUCGGAAAAAACUUUAUUGGUGCGUUUUGGCAACCUGAAUAUAUUUUUGUUGAUAUCAAAUUUUUGACUACAUUACCCGAAAGACAAUUUAUAAAUGGCAUGGGAGAAGUAAUCAAGACUGCUGCCAUUUGGAAUGAGGACGAAUUUACCCGUUUAGAAGAGUAUUCAAAGACUUUUUUAUCUGUCAUUAGAAACAGAAAACCUGACACCACUGUGGAUUUAUCUCCUCUUUUAGACCAUAUUAUCAAGCUAGUAUUAGAAUCCAUAAAGGUUAAAGCUGAGGUUGUUUCCAAAGACGAAAGAGAAGGUGGUCUUCGUAAUUUAUUAAAUUUUGGCCACACAAUCGGCCAUGCAAUUGAAGCUAUACUUACCCCUCAAGCUCUUCAUGGCGAAUGUGUUUCCAUUGGUGCUAUUAAGGAAGCUGAGCUAGCUAGAUAUUUAGGCAUACUUUCUCCAGUUGCUGUUGCAAGAUUAUCAAAGUCUUUUGCUUCCUACGGAUUGCCAAUUUCCUUAGAUGAUGAAAUUAUUAAAACCAAAAUCGACGGAAAAGUUUGUCCUGUUGAUCAAUUGUUAAAGUUAAUGGCUGUAGAUAAAAAAAAUGACGGUUCAAAAAAGAAAGUCGUCUUGUUAAAGAGAAUUGGUGAAUGUUACGAACCUAGGGCUUCUUAUGUCAAUGAUGAUGAUUUGAGAUUUAUAUUAACCGAUGAAGUCAUAGUUUCUCCUUUUGUUGAAAACUUCCCCGAAACAGUUAUAACUCCUCCAGGCUCAAAAUCAAUCUCAAACAGAGCUCUUAUUUUAGCAUCAUUGGGUAAAGGUGCUUGUGAAAUUAAAAACCUUUUACAUUCUGAUGAUACAGAGCACAUGCUCAAUGCCAUUGCGCAGUUGAAUGCUGCUGAUAUUUCAUGGAAAAAUAAUGGCGAAAGCAUCAUAGUUAAUGGCAAUGGAGGUAAACUUACUGCCUGUUCAAAUGAGUUAUACUUGGGAAAUGCUGGAACCGCCUCCAGAUUUUUGACAUCCGUUGCAAUUUUAGUUUCCUCUUCCCCAGAGAAUGAUAGUGUUGUUUUGACUGGAAACUCUAGAAUGAAAGAAAGACCAAUUGGUUCCUUAGUCAAUUCGUUGGUGGAAAAUGGUGUUUCUAUCGAAUAUCUUGGAAAAACUGGCUCCUUACCAUUGAAAAUCAAAGCUAAUAACAAUUUCAAAGGUGGAAGAAUUGAGCUUGGUGCUACUAUUUCUUCUCAAUAUGUUUCUUCGAUUUUGAUGUGUGCCCCAUACGCACAAAAUCCAGUGACUUUGGCCCUUGUUGGUGGAAAGCCUAUUUCUGAAUUAUAUAUUGAUAUGACUAUAUCUAUGAUGAAAUCUUUUGGAAUAGAAGUUACAAAAUCCCAAACUGAACCAUAUACCUAUCAUAUUCCUACCGGAAGCUACACAAACCCACCUGUAUACGUUGUGGAAAGUGAUGCAUCGAGUGCUACUUAUCCUUUGGCACUUUCUGCCAUGACUGGUACAACUUGUACCAUUCCAAACAUUGGUUCUACUUCUCUUCAAGGUGAUUCAAGAUUUGCAACCGAUGUUUUAGAGCCAAUGGGAUGCAAAGUUUUACAAACUGAAACCUCAACAACCGUUAUUGGGCCCACAAGAGGUAAUUUGAAACCCUUGCCUCUUAUUGAUAUGGAACCUAUGACUGAUGCAUUCUUGACAGCUAGUGUUGUUGCUGCAAUCGCAACAGAUGACAAUGGCACGAAAACUAAUAUUGUUGGUAUUGCAAAUCAGAGGGUGAAAGAAUGUAAUAGAAUCAAGGCAAUGGUUGAAGAAUUAAGCAAGUUUGGCGUUAAUUCUAGAGAACUCCCUGAUGGCAUUGAAAUUUCUGGUGUUAAUAUUAAUCAAUUAAAGAAUCCAGGAGAAGAGGGUGUUUUCACUUAUGACGAUCACAGAGUAGCGAUGUCCUUCUCCUUAUUAGCUGGGUUCUGUGACAGUGGUGUUUUGAUCCAGGGAAGAUCGUGCACAAGUAAAACAUGGCCCGGUUGGUGGGAUAUUCUUUCCAACAAAUUCAAUAUCAAGAUUAGUGGAUUUGAAAAAAACCUCAAGACUAAAGCAAAAAAUAUCAGAAAAAAGAAAAACGGCAAUAAAAGUAUUAUUAUUAUUGGUAUGAGAGGUGCCGGAAAAUCUACCAUUUCUAAAUGGAUAGCCGAAACUCUUGGAUUCAAGAUUCUUGAUCUUGAUCACUAUUUUGAAUCCAAAUUGGGAGAUAUCAAGUCGUGGGUUGAAUCAAAUGGUUGGCCAGCUUUUCGUGAAAAAGAAUCUGAGUUUUUUUUGGAGGCCACUGAACUAUUUUCUACAGACUAUGUUAUUUCAACUGGUGGUGGCAUAGUUGAAGGUGAAGAAUGCAGAAACUUAUUAAAUACUUAUAAGGAUGAAGGUGGUAUAGUUCUUCAUCUUCAUCGUAAUAUUGAUGAAACAAUCUCUUUUCUCAACAAGGAUGAAGUAAGGCCAGCAUACUUGGAAGAAAUUUCUAAAGUGUGGGAGAGAAGAAAACCAUUAUAUCAAGCAUGCAGCAAUUAUUACUUUUACUCCCCACACUGCUCAAACGAUCGAGAAUUCAAAUUAUUCAGAAGUUCUUUCAGUAAAUUUAUAAAUAAAAUAACCGGAAAAAUAGAAUUGAAUUUAAAUUUUGGAAAGUCGUUCUUUGUUUGUCUAACUUAUGAAGAUUUAUCUGAACAUCUUAAUAAAAUUGAAGAUAUUUCAGAAGGUUGCACCGCUAUUGAAUUGAGAUUAGAUCAUUUGAAAGAUUAUUCACUUGAAUAUGUUUCUGAUCAAUUAUCAUUAUUAAGAACUUACUCAUCUUUGCCAAUAAUUGCUACUAUUAGAACAAAAGAGCAAGGUGGUAAGUUUCCUGAUGAGGAUUUUAAAAAAAUUGAAUCAUUGAUAGAUUUGGUGUUUAAGAUGGGAAUCGAUAUUCUUGAUUUGGAGUUAUCUCUUCCAGAUGGAUUAUUAGAUUCCUCAAUGUCAAGAAGAGGUUUUACAAAGGUUCUCGGUUCCCAUCAUGAUUUUUCUGGAAAGUUCAAAUGGGAUAAUAUUGAGUGGGAAAACAAAUAUAAUCAAGCAGUAAAUCUUGAUGUUGAUAUUAUCAAGUUUGUUGGAACCGCUACUGAUUUCAAUGAUAACUUUUUGCUAGAAAUCUUUAGAGAGAAACAUACGGCUAAACCAUUUAUCGCAAUAAACAUGGGUGAAAAAGGUAAGUUGUCAAGAGUUAUAAAUUCUUUUCUAACUCCAGUCACUUCUUCUCUAUUGCCUUUUGCUGCAGCCCCUGGACAACUUGAUAUAAAACAAAUCAAUCAAUAUUUAUCAGAAAUCGGUGGAUUGGAAAAAAAAGAGUUUUAUGUCGCUGGUAGCCCUAUUGGCCAUUCAAGAUCCCCAGCAUUGCAUAAUGUAUGUUUUAAAUCUUUAGGACUUCCACAUACUUUUAAUGUCUUUGAAACUGAUGAUGUUGAUCAACUUUACUCUAAAAUCAUGACUAAACCAAACCUUGGAGGCAUAGCUAUCACAAUUCCACUCAAACUUGAUAUUUUAAAAUACAUCACUGAGUUAUCAACUAGCGCAGAACUCAUCAAAGCUGUCAAUACAGUUAUCCCAUUGGGAGAAGGAAAAUUCAAGGGAGAUAAUACUGAUUGGGUUGGAAUCAAAGAAUCAUUCUACAAGAGUGGAUUCCCAGAAAUUAAUAAUGUAAAUGUUGCUGGUUUGGUUGUUGGUGCCGGAGGCACCUCUAGAGCUGCUAUUUUUGCACUAAAAAGCAUGGGUGUUAAAAAGAUAUAUAUUCUUAACAGAACAGUUUCCAAGUUGGUUGAUAUCAAAAAUAGUUUCCCAGAAGAUUAUAAUAUAGAGGUUUUGCAAAGUGUAAAAGAUGCUAAAAAGGCAGAGACUGUUUCUUUGGUUGUUAACUGUAUUCCAAGUGAUAAACCAAUUGAUGAGUUUGUCCUAGACUGUUACAAACAGAUUUUAGCAAAGGAAAACGUUCAUUCAUUUGAUCCUGUGUUGUUAGAAGCUGCUUAUAAGCCAUUGGUGACUUCUGUGAUGAAACUCGCCAACGAUGAAUUUGAUUGGAAGGUCAUACCUGGAACUUCAAUGCUUGUUAAUCAAGGCAUAGCUCAAUUUAAAAUCUGGAAUGGUAUUGCUCCUUCUUACAAAAGAGCAAUCAACGCUGUGAACCAAAAUUAAAAACAAUCUUUUUAUGUUUACUUGUGUAUUAUUUUUAUAGUGAUUUGAAACUAGUGAUACAAUUUUAUAUUGAUUUAAAAGCCUAAUAAGAUACCCAAGAAAAAAUGAAAAGGGA